CAGAGACGGCUCCUUCCCUCGGAUCAGUCCCGUCAGUGGAGCGCAAGGCGCGGUGGACGCACACACGGCUCACACACACACACACACACACACUCACACGCGUGGAAAAAGGUUGGACAGAGACGGACUCAGCUGGAGGACUUUGAUUUUGUGCGGGAGCAUGAAUUUGCCAUCAAGACAUCGAUCCACACCUCUAGACAAGCCAAGUGAAGCUUUAAAGGGAAAAGCGAACGGAGGCAGGUUUUGAAUGCAACAUCCUCCCUGACGGAGGGCGAUGCUCCCACCUUUCAUUCCGCCAACUAUCACAUGUUUGUAAGAGGAGAAACAACACCGCGCUGGAUACAUCUUCUGCACAGCCGCUGCUUUGCGCACUGGGGGCUGUGACGGGUGAUAUUUUGGACCGCGGCGCGCCACGGCGAGGGACGACAGUGCGCGUUUUGAUCUCAGCAAUUUCUCAGUGACUCGGACUUGCCUCAGAGCGAAGGUUUGACUCCUUAUCAUGGGCUUCGGUGCUCAGACUGACAGAGAGGGAGGAAGAGUGGCGAGAUUCUCCCCGGAGAUGCCCACCGUGUCCUGGCUUUUGCUUUUCCUGCUGCUGGAUAUCGGAGCGGCUCAAGUUGACGAUGACUUCAUUGGUCUCGGUGAGCUGCCGGAGACCUUCCCUUCAGACCCCCCGGAGCCGCUGCCGGUGUUUUUGAUGGAACCAGAGGAGGCCUACAUAGUCAAGAACAAGCCGGUCAACCUGUACUGCAAGGCCACGCCCGCCACCCAGAUUUACUUCAAGUGCAACAGCGAGUGGGUCCACCAAAAGGAGCACACCGUGGAGGAGAGGGUUGACGAAAACUCUGGCCUGGUAGUGAGGGAGGCCAGCAUAGAGAUCACUCGGCAGCAGGUGGAGGAGUUGUUUGGGCCGGAGGACUUCUGGUGUCAGUGUGUGGCCUGGAGCUCUGCUGGGACCACCAAGAGCCGAAAAGCCCACGUUCGCAUCGCCUACUUGAGAAAGACAUUUGACCAGGAGCCUCUUGGAAAAGAAGUGUCACUUGAACAAGAGGUGCUGCUGCAGUGUCGCCCACCUGAAGGCAUCCCAGCUGCUGAGGUGGAGUGGUUAAAGAAUGAGGAAGUUAUUGAUCCUGCAGAUGACAGGAACUUCUACAUCACCAUCGACCACAACCUCAUCAUCAAACAGGCUCGUCUCUCCGACACCGCCAACUACACCUGCGUGGCAAAGAACAUCGUGGCCAAGAGACGCAGCACCACCGCCACAGUUAUCGUCUACGUGAAUGGCGGCUGGUCAACAUGGACUGAGUGGUCGGUGUGUAACAGCCGCUGUGGCCGUGGUUACCAGAAACGCACACGCAGCUGCACCAACCCAGCGCCUCUCAAUGGCGGCGCCAUCUGUGAAGGGCAAGGCAUCCAGAAGCUGCCGUGCAAUCCUCUCUGCCCAGUGGACGGCCUGUGGACAGAGUGGAGUAAGUGGUCCACCUGUGGGACCGAGUGCACCCACUGGAGGAGGAGAGAAUGCGGCGCCCCGGCACCCAAAAACGGGGGAAAGGACUGUGAGGGCAUGGUGCUCCAGUCCAAGAACUGCACCGAUGGGCUGUGCAUGCAGAGUUCCUUAUAUCAGAAGUCCUCUGAGGCAAAAGACAAGAGUGAUUCUGGAAAUUCAUUGGCCCCCAGUACAGACGAUGUAGCUCUCUAUGUGGGUAUUGUCAUAGCGGUGAUCAUGUGCCUGGUUAUCUCCGUGGUUGUGGCGCUCUUCAUCUACAGGAAGAACCACCGGGACUUUAGCUCUGACAUCAUCGACUCCUCCGCCCUCAACGGAGGCUUCCAGCCAGUCAGCAUCAAGACUGCACGCAAAGCUGAUCUCCUCACGGCGCCCCCUGAUCUGACCUCGGCGGCCGCCAUGUACCGCGGCCCGGUUUACGCCCUCCAUGAUGUGGCCGACAAAAUCCCCAUGACUAAUUCCCCUCUGCUGGACCCUCUGCCUAACCUGAAGAUUAAGGUGUACAACUCCUCAGGCUUAGUGACUCCACAGGAUGACCUGGGAGGGGAAUUUUCCUCUAAACUGUCACCUAAGCUGCCGCACUGCUUGCUGGACAACAAUGACGGCACGAUGGGCCGUCGCACGCAGACCCAGACGUUGCUCCGAACCAGGGAUCCGUCCUGCACCGCUCUGGGUUCCUUCAGCUCCCAGGGGGGACACCUUAUUGUGCCCAACUCAGGGGUGAGUCUGUUAAUUCCAGCCGGGGCCAUUCCUCAGGGCAGAGUGUAUGAAAUGUAUGUGACCGUUCAGAGGAAGGACAACAUGAGGCCCUCGGUGGAUGAUGGCCAAACAGUGCUGAGCCCUGUGGUGAGUUGCGGGCCCCCCGGGGCCCUGCUGACUCGGCCCGUCAUCAUCACCAUGCACCACUGUGCCGUGUGCGACGGCCAACAGGAUUGGUUGAUCCAGCUCAAGAGCCAGUCGCAGCAGAACCAGUGGGAGGAUGUGGUGGUGGUAGGAGAAGAAAACUUCACCACACCAUGCUAUAUCCAAAUGGAUGACGAGGCCUGCCACAUCCUGACAGAGACGCUGGGUACGUACUGCCUUGUGGGUCAAUCUCUCAGUGCUGCCACCAUCAAGCGCCUCAAACUCGCCAUCUUCGGCCCCGUCACCUGCCCCGGCAUGGAGUAUCACAUCAGAGUCUACUGCCUGGACGACACACAGGACGCACUCAAGGAGGUCUUACAGAUGGAGAAGCAGAUGGGUGGGAAAUUGUUGGAUGAACCAAAGACUCUCAGCUUUAAAGACAGCACCCACAACCUGAGACUUUCCAUCCAUGAUGUCCCCCACAUGUUGUGGAAGAGCAAACUACUAGCCAAGUACCAGGAGCUUUCCUUUCAACAAGUAUGGAACGGUUCACAGAGGAACCUCCACUGUUGCUUUACCCUGGAGCGGUUCUCUGCCAGCACCGUGGACCUGGCCUGUAAGAUAUGUGUGCGCCAAGUGGAGGGAGAAGGACAGAUUUUUCAGCUGGACACCACACUGUCAGAGGAUUCCCAGAGUAUCGACACGUCUCUGCUGGACCCUGCCAGUAACAUCACUACGCUGGUGGGGCCAAAUGCCUUUCGUAUCCCCGUCUCCAUCCGCCAGAAGCUGUGCGGCAGCCUGGAUGCACCGCAGACCAGAGGAAACGACUGGAGGAUGUUGGCCCACAAACUCAACCUGGACAGGUAUCUUAACUACUUUGCCACCAAAUCCAGUCCGACAGGAGUGAUCCUGGACUUGUGGGAGGCCCAGCAUUUCCCCGAUGGCAACCUGAGUCGCCUCGCCCAGGUACUGGAGGAGAUGGGACGCCAUGACAGCCUUGUUCCUGCUGUGACUGAGCACUGACAUCUGCCCACCAGGGAGUGUGACAUUCCAGACACGAAAAAUAAAAAAUAAAGGGAUGGGGACCCCCCCGAAAGCAGGAGAGUCAGUCAUGUGGCAUCUCAAUGACAAACACGCGUACACAAACGCUGCCUGAGUGUACAUUCAAAAGAAGUAAGAAGAUAGAAAACGGCGAGGUCUGCUCCGCCAUGACCCAGUUAAACAUUGGCAACAAAGGGUGUAAAAAACUUGGAGAGUAAACAGGAAUCUCUGCCAGUCAUUUCUCUGGCUGUUCCUCUUUCUCUCUCUCCGAUACAACGGCUUGAUAUUUUUGGCUCUCGUUUCCCUGGAAACAGCUUUCCGGUUAUUUGUACGGACUGAGCGGAUGUGAGAUGAUGCCCUCCUAAUACACGAGAGUUAGCAACACACUAUCAGAGGUCAAAGGAUCAAAGGAGGAAGACUUGGAUCAGAGGAAGCGCCUCUCCCUUUCCGUCUCCAUAGCAACUCCAUGGACAAGUGUGUGUUCUGUGAUAACAUAGUAUUUAAUAAUAUGCCUAUUUAUACAUAUCUCUUUUUUUUGUAUUUUAUGCUAAUAUUGAGUACUUUGCAGUGUCUUCUCAUUUUGGCUCUUCUUUCAUUAUGUUUGACUGUAUCAUAGCACCACCUGGUGGACACCUGGUGCUCUCACCCUGUCAGCCACAUGUACAAGUACAGAAGGAAAUCAAUGAUGUAAUCAUUUUUGCAGCUUUAGUGUCGCUGUUGUAACUGCUAUUAAUACGUUUUAGUCAUAUUAUGUAUAAUUAUUGAUUUUUGCGAUUAUGUGAGCUUCUUUUACAGGAUUUUUUUUAAGUCUUUAAAAUAUUUUUUAAGAGUUGAAUUGGUGAUUUUUCUUUAUUUUAUUGGGGUUUUUUUGCAUGUUUUUUUUCUCUCUUUUUACCUGAUCAUUUGGCUAAUUACACCAGUCUAUCCCCACGAAACAGAGAGCGAUCAAGUUGCUGAGUGAAUUUCAUGGAUGAUGAGUUGUAUGUUGUUCAGGAAGAUGUCAUGUACACUAAAGGCACCAGGCAGAGUGGAGAGGACGAAGGGGAAUCGAACAAGUAUAUUUUUGUAGGACCAAUGCAAGUGAAAACGACUGCUUUUUACCAAAUAAUUGACUUAUGAUGUUUGAGGUUCAAGUUAUUACAGAAAGUGAUCAUCUAAAUAUUGUGUCAUUUCACGUGUUCACAACUAACAUUCAUCUGUGCUUUUGGAGGAUAGUGGAGACUUUAACUCAGACUUUGAUGUUUGUACAUUGAUAACAGAAGCCAUUAAUAUUAUGAUGACACUGACUCUGUGCAUAAAAAUUAGUGAUAGCUGUAAAUGCAACAUUCCUUUGAUGCAGCAGCACUUGUGACUGUUCAAGUGUUCUUGGUUUUUUCGGUUCUUUUUAAUGGCAGUUGUCCCAGUUUUCGUAAAGCCGUCUAUGCAAACUCUGCAUCCUUUUUGAAACAAUCUUUUCAUUCUCAGUGGGCUAGCCUUUGCAUUCCCUAGUUGUUCUUCAGCUUCAUGAUUAUUGUUGUGUAUAGUGAGAAUGUAGCCUGUCUGUUUUCUGGCACUCAUGGUGUUCCUCGCAACUGCUUGCAUUUCAUCUGUCAAGUUACUGUACAAAGUGUAAGAAAGAAUUUUUAAGACUAAUAAUAAAUUAUAUUUAUAUGCAACAUUGAAAA